CGCUGGGUGGGGCCAGGCUCGGGCCGGGCCGCCGGGAUCUGCAGGGCGCUGGGCUCGUUAUAGCGGUUCUACCCCUCAGGACGCAGACAUGGCGACCGAGAAGGACCAACAGAGGGAUUCCGAGCCGGAAGGGCUGAGCGCCACGACCCUGCUGCCGAAACUGAUCCCGUCUGGCGCGGGCCGUGAGUGGCUGGAGCGGCGCCGCGCGACCAUCCGGCCCUGGGGCUCCUUCGUGGACCAGCGGCGCUUCUCGCGGCCCCGCAACCUGGGCGAGCUGUGCCAGCGCCUCGUUCGCAACGUGGAGUACUACCAGAGCAACUACGUGUUCGUGUUCCUGGGCCUCAUCCUCUACUGUGUGGUGACGUCCCCCAUGCUGCUGGUGGCUCUGGCAGUUUUCUUUGGCGCCUGCUACAUCCUCUAUCUGCGCACGUUGCAGUCCAAGUUUGUGCUUUUUGGCCGAGAGGUAACCCCAGCCCAUCAGUAUGCUCUGGCCGGGGGCGUCUCCUUCCCCUUCUUCUGGCUGGCCGGCGCAGGUUCUGCCGUCUUCUGGGUCCUGGGAGCCACCCUCGUGGUGAUCGGCUCCCACGCCGCCUUCCACCAGACCGAGGCUGUGGACGGGGAAGAGCUGCAGAUGGAGCCUGUGUGAGGGGGACCCUCCAGCCUCCUGAGCCCUCUGCCUUGGCCCCACUCGCCCCCGCCCUGCUCUCCCCUGCCCCGCACUGCCCCUGCCCCGCACCGCCCCGUGCUCCUGGUCAAAGGCCUCCUUGCCAUCCCAAGCCCCGGGGUGGGGUGGAGGGUGGGAAU